AUGCCGCCACACAGCAGCCAAAGCGGACCGCCUCCAGGCCGAAACGACAAGAGCGGACUACCGGAAGGCGACUGGCAAGGAGGCUAUUUCCUAGGACAAGGAGGCCAAGGAGCAGUACACUACUGGGUCAAAGCCGACGCAAACCAAAAGAUCAUCGAUCGCGUGGUCAUCAAAGAUGAGUGGAGUUGGGAUUCUUUGGAGGAGCCCGAGAUUUACAAAGGUAUAUAUGGCGGGUUGGUGCGUAAAGGGAUGGAUAUGAGUGAUGCACUGGGUGGAGAAUCGAUAGAAGUACCUUUCUACAAGGAAGCCUAUAUUCAAGGACUGCUUACGCCGGAGAGUCUUGCGAUUCAGAGUAAUACUGUGCGGCUGCGUGGGUACAGGAGGGGCGAUGCGCCAGAGCCCCACCCAGUGAAAGGCUACUGGAAAUGCGUCCAUUGGCGCCUCUACAUGGAGCACUUGUAUGCUGGCGAUCUACAUCAACUAAUCUCCUGGCACGCCGCCAGAAAGAAACUCAUCCCUGAGCCCUUCAUCUGGUGGACGAUGAAGUGCCUCGCCUCUGCUCUCAAACAGAUGGAAGAUCUCUCUAGAGCACGAGUCAACGCACGCGAAGAACAGGACGAGACUAUCGUACUACUGGACAUGAAGCCCGGUAACAUAUUCCUCGACGGCGCGGGAGGGCCUGAAUUCAAGGUGUACCCAAGGCCCGUGAUAGGCGAUCUCGGAUCAGCCCAUUUGACCUACGCAGACCAAACGGCAAACAGAUCGAAACGGUUACCGAUUUACUGCACGCCUGGGUUCACAGCUCCUGAAUUUGAUAUGAAACAUGCCUGUCCCCGUCCCCGUGUUGAGAAGCCAGAGGACGGUGAUGACGAGGAAGAGGCCGAUGAUGAUGCGAUGGAUGUCGACAUGGACGACGAAGACUUCGAAUACGAAGAAACCGUGAACGCGUCCUUGGACUCAUGGUCCAACGUCUGGCAGCUCGGCAAGACCAUCGAAGCCAUGAUGCGACUAGAGACUCGCCCAAACGACCGUGACUACGAAGACCCCGAUGCCAGAGAGUCAGAUAUCAAAAGUCAUCCUCCACGUUUCGCAGCCGCACCAGAGUUUUGUUACAGCGUGGAGCUGCUUGAGCUAGUAAGGAGCUGUCAGGAAUUCGACCCCGAAUGCAGACCAGCUCCUGAGGAUAUACUGUACGCCAUCGAUAUGGAUUCUCCCCCUCACAUCCAUGGAAUCGACACAUGGGGAAGCGAGGACUGGGUCGCAGAACAAUACAAAAACUUGGGCAUCCUGACCGACGACCGAAAAAGGGAGAUUAAAGCGAACAUCUUCAAGCGAGCACGAGCCGGCAAACUGUGGUUCCUUCACGACUUCGAGGAUCGUUAUCUGGCCGAACAAUAUCAAGACUUGGACUUGGACCUACCUCGGCAAUGCGAACUCGCAUGGGCGCCUCAGAGGUUCAGAAACCGGAUAGGUCAGAGACUUGGAGCUGAAGAACCAGAGCUGGCCGAAGAACCAGACAACAAGCGGCCUAGAACAGAUGAAGCUAUCACAGUGACUCAGACCAAAAAGAAACGGCGGAUAGCAUAA